AUGCCGCGAAAUCCCUCGAGUGCUCUCAUUGUCCUUGUUACGCUGCUUCUGCUGCUGCUGAUGCUCGUCGAGGAGGGCACGUGCAUCAAGUGGCUAGCACUGGGCCGAGCCAGCGACGGCUUCGAGUGGACGAGCGAGGCGUGCUCGGGCGCCCGCACCUCGGGCCUGCUCGAGCGCAAGCAGGUGCGCGCCUGCCGCGCCAGUCCCGAGAUCAUGCGCAACCUGGUGCAGGCGGCCCGCGACGCCUCCUCGGUCUGCCAGUACGCCUUCAGGCAUCAGCUCUGGAACUGCAGCAGCAUCGAGCGCGCGCCCGAUUUCACCCCCGAGCUGCUGACCGGCACGAAGGAGCAGGCGUUCGUCUACGCGAUGUCGGCCGCCGCGGCGGUCUGGCGUCUGGCGCGCGGCUGCGCCCUGGGCAGUCUGGCCUCGUGCUCGUGCGCCACGCCGCCGCGUCGCGAGCCACCCGCCGUGACCGCCGCCCUCGUCCAGACGACGAUGCCCUUCGGCCCGGCCGCCGCGGCGGUGGCCCUCGGCCCGACGAGCUCGACGCGCAGCGCCUUCAAGUGGGGCGGCUGCGGCGACGACGUGCGCUCGGCCUCGCGCAUGGCCAAGCGCUUCCUCCAGGCGGCGGGUCCGGGGCCCGGCGCCGGCGCCCAGGCCAAGUUCAUACACGCCGUCAACAUGCACAACAAUCGGGCGGGCCGGCGCGCCGUCGAGCAGUCGCUCUCGCUCGAGUGCAAGUGCCACGGCGUCUCGGGCUCCUGCAGCGUACGCACCUGCUGGCGCGGCCUCGGCUCGGCGAGCCCGGCGGCCGCGGGGGCCCGACUGCUGCGACGCUACGCCACGGCGCUCGAGGUGAGGCCGAGCUCGAGCGGCCGACUGCCGCCCCUCUAUCAUCACAACAAUCUGCUGUACACGAGCAAGAGCCCGGACUACUGCGUGGAGGACAAGAGGCGAGGCAGCCUCGGUACACGAGCCAGGCAAUGCAACGCGAGCAGCGCCGGCUACGACGGCUGCGAGCACCUCUGCUGCGGCCGCGGCUACAACACCCGGGCCGAGGAGGUCCUCGAGAGAUGCGACUGCAAGUACUUCAGCUGCUGCUACGUCAAGUGCAAGACCUGCCGCAACGUCAUCGUCACGCACGAGUGCAAUUGAAUAUCGCGAGCGCGUC